AAAGCCAUGGGGUUAUCCCAACAGGGUUCAGUGGGGAUGGACGUCCUGAGCAAGGCAGCAGAAGGGAUUUUUUGCUGUGCUUGAGCAGAAAUCCUGCGGAGCUGGGACACCAGCGAAGGGCGUAGACACAUCCCAGUCUCCAAUCAGGCCCUGGAGGUUUGGCCAUGGGCCCAAUAAAUGCUGAGCUGGAGGGUGGGGAGGCACUGAGCCUGCGGGCAGCAGGAAGAGGAGGAGGAGAAGGAGGAUGAGCACUGGGGUGCUGAGCCCUGGGGGGCACAGAGCUUCCAGCAGCCCCCAGCAGACCUCUUCCAGACCUCGGACGUCCUUCCUCAUCCAGGACAUCCUAUGGGAUGGGGUUGAGAGGGGAGCACAGAUGGAUCAAGGUGGGACACCAGAGGAUGGGGAGAAGCAGGAUGGCCCUGGAGUAUCCCCAGCACAGCCCCAUGAUGCAAAUCCAGAUGCUGAGACCCCACCGUGCAGCCGUGACCCCCCCCAGAAGGUGCUGCCCAGACCCCGGCCAGCAAAGCGCUCGCGGGCAGCCUUCACCCACAGCCAAGUGUUGGAGUUGGAGAGGAACUUCAGCCGCCAGAAAUACCUAUCAGCCCCGGAGCGAGCCCACCUGGCCCAGAACCUGCAGCUGAGCGAGACGCAGGUGAAGAUCUGGUUCCAGAACCGCCGAUACAAGACCAAGAGGAGAGCGGGGGGCUCCGGGUUGGAGGUUGGGACCACUCACAAAGCCGUUCUGCCCCCAGCCCCACUGCUGGCCGCUCGCUGCCUGCCCUGCUUCUGUUACUGGAGCCCUGCUGUGUGGUGAGCUGUGCUUGGUGUGUUGUUUUUUUCCCCUCAAAUGGUGGUGUUUUUUUUCGCACCCCCCCCUUGCCAUCUUGUCCUUGGCCAUGUUGAUUCAGAGAUGCGCCGUCAAGUUCAAAUGAUGCUCUGUGUCCUCUAGAGCAAUGCCAGCCUCUGUCAUCGCGAGGGUUUUAGCCAGAGAAUCAGAAGUUAUCAAAAAUUAAAAAUCCAGAUUAUUGUUAUUGCUAUUAUUAUUGCUAUUAUUAAUAAUAAAACCCCAAAGCUUUUACAAGGCUUGAUCUGCAGCAAAGAAUCCCAAGCGAUGCUCAGCACCCUCUCAAUGCAUCACCAUCCCUUCUCAUUGCCAGCUUUCAGCCAGAGAAACAAAAAGCCCUAUAAACUAAACAUCCCCAAAGCUUUUAACAGCACCUGCAGUGAUCAAACAUGGCAUGAUUUGGGGGACAGAAAGCAAGAAAUGGUGAAUGCCUGUAAAAAAACAAUUCCCCAUCCAUCCUUCUGUAAGCAAUUCUUUGCCCUCCCCCCACCAAUUGGGUGAAGCACAACAGCUCACCCCGUGCACCAGCUGUUCCAUCAUGUGAUUUUUAGUUAUCUUUA